AUGAACCAGACUUGUGAGGUCUACAAUGAGGAGUUCCAGGAGGAGCUGGUGUGGCGGGGAGAGCAGGAGCAGUGCCAGGGGGUGGAUAUGGAGGGGUACCUGGGGCUGGAUAUGGAGGGCGGAUUACCAGGAGGUGCAGGAGCAGGCCUAGGAGCUGGAGGACUUGGAGGAGCAGGAGGAGUACCAGGGGCUGGAGGAUAUAACCCUGCAGUGGCCAAAGCGGCUAAAUAUGGAGUCCCCGGAGGUGCAGGAGCAGGCCUAGGAGCAGGAGGACUUGGAGGAGGAGGACAGGGAGGAGUACCUGGAGGAGUAGGAGCUGGAGGAUAUGAUCCCGCAGCCAAAGCUGCUAAAUAUGGUAUGCCAAGCGGGACAGGCAUCGGUGGAGAAGGUGUGCCAGCGCCUAUAGCGACUCCAAGACCAGGUGUGGGCGUGGGUGGUGGUGUUGGAGGAACUGCCUUUGAGCGCACUGAUGUACCAGUGGGCACAGGGAUACCUAUCGCAGGCAAACCAGGUGCCACAGGAGUAACUGGAGUUGGGGCUGGGGUUCUUCAACCUAGUGUUGGUACAGGUCCAGCUCAGCCUGGUGUGGGUGUCGGAGCAGGUGGCAAAGCUCCUAAACCCCCUGGGACAGGGGGAUACCCGUAUGGUGGUUAUGGACAGGGUGCAGGUGCUGGUGGAUAUCCCUAUGGAGGAGGAUAUGGAAAUCCAUACGGAGCAGGAGCUGGACAACUUCCUGGAGCCAAGCCCCUGAAACCUCCAGUUGUGGGAGGAGCAGGCGGUGCGGCUGGAGGAGCAGGUAUUCCUCUUACUGGAGCAGGUGGUGGUGCAGGGGGAUACCCGUAUGGUUAUGGUCAAGGUGGUUAUGGACAGGGACAGGGUGUGAGGUAUCCCACUGGUGUUGGUCUGGGAGUAGGGGCAGGAGCAGGUCAAAAAGCACCCAAACCCCCAGGUUAUGGUAACCUGGGUGCGGGUGGUGCUGGUUAUAAUCCAGGUGCUGGUGCAGUCCUAGGUUACGGAGGUGGCUACCCACAACAACGGGGUUACCCACAGCAAGGUGGCGGCUACCUACAGCAACCCUACCCAGGAGCAUAUGGAGCAGGCCAGACGGCACCACUGACUCCUCAACAAGCCAAAGCAGCCAAGUAUGGCCCACUCCAGGGCUUCCUUGGUGGAGCAGGAGGAGGAGGCUACAGACCAGGAGGAGUUGCUGCUGUAUGCCAAAGCAAAUACUGUGGAAGGCAGAAGUAGAGGGUGUUCUUCAGAAGAAGUUGAACCUCAAGAAACAAUGGUGCUACUGCAUGAUCUAGAAUGUACAUUUUAUAUGCACAACAUCCCCCAUUACAGUAUGUAAAGAUAUGUUGUACUUUAUUUGACUCAAUAUAUUUUUUAUACAAACCCACCGACCCAGACUUUUGCACACAUUUGAUGUGACUUAGUGUUUUUGAUUGUGCCUUUAUCAUUGUUCGUGGUGUUCAUCAGCUCUUACUGACAUGCCUGCGAUGCUCCCCUUUUAGUAGUUACCAAGUGUUUGUGUGUGCAUGCAUGUGUGUGGGUGUGGAUGUGUGGAUGUGUGCCUAUGUGGCUGUGUGUCUCUCUAUGUGCUUGUGAGCUUGCACAUGUUGCCAGAGAUAUUUGGGUAUAUAGGAGAAUAUGAAAGAUUAUCCAACUAGAGCCAUUAAGCAUGCUUUGAAUGCAGAGAAGUGCUCCAAGUCAAAACCAGCACCAUUCCUGUAACUGUUGGAGAUCUUCCCAUACUGACAUGUCAAACUAAGGGUUGAGCUUCAAGAGGUGUGGUUGGUAAAGUGCUGAUAAACUUUGGCCAUGUAUCUUCAGAACUGCCUCCUCUGGCUUUCUAUCAUCUCUGCUGCUAUUUAUAGCUCUGGGUGAAAUAGCAGUGGCAUAGCGUGUGUGAGUGUGUGUGUGGGCACAGGUUUCACAGUCCAUCUGCCAUCAGCAACCUUGACUAUAUUUUAAGUGCCAUGGUGUAAGUAGCCUUCUUACCUUGAUUUCUGACAAACUUGUGAAGUAUGAAGAGCAGGUGUUGCUCUGAAUGUGGUAAAGCUGAUGACAAUCAAUCCAAAGGUGUUCAAAAGAUUUGUAGGUGAUAUCUUCAGUGAUAUUCAUAGCAUACAUUGUGUUGGUUUGUACCCAAGUCCAUUGAAACGGUGUGUUUUGUUUUUUUAAGUGAUUUGUAUGUUUUUAGUUUUACAAAAAUGUAAAACUGAAAUCCUUUCGAUACUGCUCUGGCAUGUAUUGUACAUUAUGAAUGUAUGAAUUGAACAUUUUGUUUUAUUAAUUACGUAUCAUUUUUCUGGUGUCCAAGAUUAAGUGCCUAGAAUGUUAUGCAUAUCUGUAAUCAUUCUAGUUUCACAUGCAGUUAUAGUUUCAUUUAUGCAAGUUGUCGAUCAUUAUUCAAGUUUCAAAUGUUUCCGCUCAUGAAAGUAGACUAUCACCAUAUUUGUGUAAUCUUGAAUAAGGCAAAAAAAACAAAAAAACAUUUGAAAUAUAUAUUUGGGUAAUGCAUUUAAUCACUGUUGAGAAUUGUUAUACUGUAUAUGUAAGGGCUUUUUUAAUGUCUGUGUGUAGGCUAUAGCCCCUAGUCUGUGUAAAUUGUGAGAGUGAGCUCCCAUUUCACUCUUUACUUGAGUUAGUUACAGUUGAAUAAGACUCACUAGACAUUACUGACCAAAGAUUGAUUCGCUCUGUUAUAAAGUUACACUACGAUGUCUCUUUAGGGAUUGUGUGUACUGUAUGUUGUAGUAAUUGCCCUAGGUUAUCAUGACUCUCACUCGCUUCAGUUCUUGUAGCCUACUCUUGGGGCUUUUUCUGAACUGUGUGUGAGCCGCUCCGAUCCGAGGCCCGCCGCCCCGUGUAUUCCGUGCGGUGGGAUAGUAUUCAUCUUAUUUAAAUGAGAAAAAGGAGGAACGAUGGGGUUUUGCACUUUUACAUUUUCAUGAAACAUGUGACUUGUUCCCGGUAAUCCCGGCAUUUUAUUUGCUUAAGUAAAAUAACGAAAUAAAAUGGUUA